AUGAGUCUAAGCGAGAAACUCUCAGUCGCUACUAUGCCCUUCUACGUAACUUGUGAGCAAUUGACUGUUGGCUUGGCGUUUCUUGGUGCAGGGUUCCGUAUGCCCAGUGGCACAAGCAACAACCUGUUGGUCCAGGGGUUAAAGAAACUUCUAUCUAUGUUACUAGCUCAAAUGGGACUCUAUGGCCUGUUACGAUUCUCACAUGACAAUGAAGAACUGAGGAACUUCUUUUCUAUCACCAUUCCAUCAUUUCAUUUCAUCAUUUCAUUUCUUCUACGAACCCUUCACAAUCACAUUCCCUUAAACGAAACAAAAAUGAAAUACCGCAAUGCUGCCUUUUUCUUGCAGUUCUCAACUGCCAAUGCUGCCAUCUAUGAUUCUCUAUUUCCGACUGCAAGGCCAACUACUUCAGACAACGACGUCGAUUGCAUGUUCGAAGACUUCUACCCAAUCUUCUCUGCCUUGACUCCAAACGGGAGUCUCUCAACAGCCCUUCUGUCUUACGGCAACGAACUGAUCAAGGGUUGUCCUUUGACAGACGUCGACGUGAUGGGCCUACCCACGUGCCCGUACCCAGCGCUGUCAGACUGGUGCUCCUUCAGCGACCAUGCGCCUACAACUCUAGUGCCUGCUUGGUCGUCCUAUGGAAGCUCGGCGUCCUCGUGGUGGUCAGAACAUAGCUCCUACGCUGUGAAGUACGCCCAUGUUUGCAAGAAGAAGUGGUUCAAUCAGAUGAUUGGCGUUGUCUAUGGUUCAGCUCGACUGAAUAACACUAUUCAUUGGGGCGAGUGCUAUGUCCAGGUCUACGCCACUGUGGAUGGCAAGGUCACUGAAACAUCGACACCAACCACAAAAGCGACAACCGGUAUGAAAGCUACUUCUAAGGUACCUGGAGAGACCCGCGCAACUUCAGAACAAAUUGAAGAAACAUCCAAAGAGGCUCAGGGUACUGCGAAGACGGAUCAAAGAGAGAAAUCGCAGGGAAAUCAGGUUAAUGCUCGAGGAGCUAAUGCUUGGCUUAUAGCUGGCGGUGGAUUUACAGCUGCUUUGGUAAAUGAAGUUAUGUAA